AUGUCACAUUUUAUUGAUAAAGCAGACAAUGCUAGCACGAUGUUGGCACAAAAAGUAUUACAGUCAAAAAAAAUUAAAAAUUGUUUUACGUCUGCAAAGGAAAACAAUUUCAAAGAACAACUUGUAUCUGUCUUUUUAAAAACAGGAAUUAAUCAUGUCCAGGCUAAGGAAAUUUUAAAAUUGCUUCGAACUCAUUCUUGUUUUUCAAAACUUCCACGCGAUCCAAGAACGAUUAUGAAUACUCCUCGUGUGUCAUGUUGUAUUGAUAAUAUUGCUGGAGGGCAAUAUCUUCAUUUAGGUUUUGAUGAAGGUAUUAAAGCUAUUCUUCAAAUUACUCCUUUGAGUAUGAUUCCCAACAAUUUAGAAAUUGAUUUUCACAUAGAUGGUGCUUCGUUAGAUAGUGCAAGUAAUAUUCAAUUAUAUCCAAUACAAAUUAGAAUUGCUAAUAUUUAUCAAAGUAAACCAGAAAUCGUAGGAGUUUGGAAAGGUUCUUCGAAGCCUACAAGUGCUACAGAAUUUCUAAAGCCUUUUGUCAAUGAUGUGCUACAAGUUAAAAACAAUAAAGGGAUUAUUUUUAAUGGGAAAAAACUGACUUUUAAGCUUCGUUGCUUUAUCGCAGAUGCAAUAGCACGUGCUUUUGUAUUAGGACAUCAGGGUCCUAAGUCUCAAGCUCCAUGUUCCAAAUGUUGGCUUAGUGGAAUAAAUAUUCGUCAAGGUGUUAUAGUCUUUAGUGGCGUUGAUCAUAGAUUGCGAACGAACGAAGAAUAUAUUAUGUGUUUAGAUGGAGAACAUCAUAAAGAAGAAGAAUGCAGCAUUGUACGUCUUUCUAUAGAUUUAGUGAAUCAAUCUGUUUUUUAUUAUAUGCAUUUAAUUUGUCUUGGUGUUAUGGAAAAAAUAUUCUUAGCUAUCGUGGAUGGAAAAUAUGCUUCUUCUGCAAAACUAUCACCUACUUCGAUAAAAAAUCUUUCUACUAGAUUAGAGAGUGUUAAAAAAUUUUGUCCAAAAGAAUUUACUAGAAAGCCGAUUAAUGUAACAAAACAUCGUACUUUCAAGGCUACAGAACAUCGUCAGAUUUUGUUGUAUACUGGUCCUAUUAUUUUUUAUGAACUUCUGAAUGAAAGCAUGUAUUUGCAUUUUUUAUUAUUACAUUCUGCUAUUUGUAUUUUAGUAGAUGUUAUUUCUUGUAAGAAUACAGCAAACAUUAGUAAAGCAGAAUUAAUGUUAAAAAUUUUUGUUCAAAGAGUUCCUGAACAUUAUGGUAUAGAAUUUCUUUCAUAUAAUGUUCAUGGUCUUUUACAUUUAGCAAACGAUGCAAAAAAUUUUGGUCCUUUGGAUUCGUUUUCACCAUUUCCAUACGAAAAUAAUAUGAGUUAUUUCAAAAAAAUUUGCAGAAAACCAAAUCAACAUUUGCAACAAAUAGCAAAUAGACGUUAUGAGGAAAAAAGGUUACAGGAAAAAUUUAUCUUUUCAACUGAAGAUUUUAUUCAAGUUUCAGGUUUACAUAAACAUGGACCUAUGCCUGCAAUUAAUUUCCAUCACUAUUCUCAAUAUCGAAAUUUACUUUGUAGACAGUUUACUUUAUCAUUGAAUGGAAAGGAUGAUACAAUAAUUCUUAAGGAUUCUAGUAUUUGCAUUGUUCAAAAUAUUAUUGGUUAUGAUAAUAAAUAUUAUCUUAUAGUGAAACGUUUUCAUAGAAUUGAAAAUUUCUAUCAUACGCUAGUACAAUCUUCCGAUAUAGGAAUUUUUCAUUGUUCCUUGCUUUUUGAUGAAUUAAUAAUAAUUAAUUUUGAUCAAAUUGCUGGAAAAUGUUUUAAACUUCCACUUUGUUCUGUAAUGGGUACUAUAAAUUCUAAUGAUUAUGUUAUUGUCAAAAUUUUAUUUUUUUUAAAUUAAUAUAAUGUUUUAAUCAUAUUAAUUUGUUU